AUGGCAAUCCUUAAGAUAAGCAAAAAGCACCACAAGCUUUUCAACAACCCAUUCCCUUCUUCUGCUUCAACCAACAUUCCUUGUGUCCAAGGUUCUCUGUUCAUCAAUUCCAAAACGUUACACACAGAUCAAACCUUCUCAAUUGGCAAUGAUUUUCAGCUUCUUUGGUCCUCCAUCAAUGGUGGGCACCUCUCAAUUUCUCAUCUUUCUCAGGCAACCAGAUCCAUUUGGUCUACAAUCCCAGGGAAGGCUUUUAUUUCAGCUGCACUUGUUGACACAGAGGUGGAAGAAAGCAGGGGAUCCUUUCUGAUCAAAGACAGAGAUGUUCAUCUGAUCUGUAACCAUCAAACCAUUGAGGAUAUUAGGAUUAUCAAUCAAUUUGAUCAUGGUUUGGAACAUGAAGUUGUUGCAGAUUCUUCAUAUGGGAAUGCAGGAUCAGAUUCAGACCAGAACACUGAUGACGCAGAAGAAACCAAGCUUCCUGGUUUGUUGAUCACAGGAAAGCUUUUCAACAAGACUAAGAAGAACAGAAGGCUUCAAAAGCAUGGAAUUCAAACAAAUAUGCAGUUUGAAGCAAAAGGACCCUCUGCUUAUGCAAAGUAUUGGGUUUUGUUCAAUCAGAAAACCAAACAUCAGGUGGGGUUUCAGGUGAAGAUUGAGAAAGCUAACUACGUCGUCUCGCGCAACCCGGUCUCUCCGGCAGCUUCAGGAAUAUACAAGGGCUUUAAGAAAAGGCUGAGUAAUAGAAAAAAGAGGCUGGGUUGGUGGUGGUACUUUUCAAGGCCAAGAGGGUUUGUCCUGGUUUCUUCUGUGGAGGAAGAAAUAGCAGACUUGGAUAUCCCAAAAUCUAAAGAAUUCAACAGAGUGUGGUUGACAUAUGCAAGUGAUGAGAAUGAGAGAUUUUAUGGUUUUGGGGAGCAGUUUUCUCACAUGAACUUUAAGGGCAAAAGGGUACCCAUUUUUGUUCAAGAACAAGGUAUUGGAAGAGGAGAUCAACCUAUCACUUUUGCUGCUAACUUGGUCAGUUACAGGGCAGGGGGUGAUUCAAGUACAACAUAUGCUCCUUCUCCAUUCUACAUGACAUCAAAAAUGAAAUCUGUCUACCUUGAAGGAUAUGAUUACACCAUUUUCGAUCUUACUAGACUUGACAGAGUACAGAUACAGAUACAUGGAAACUCAGUUGAAGGGAGGAUAUUGCAUGGGAACUCACCUUGUGAACUGAUUGAACAUUUCACUGAAACCAUCGGAAGGCUACCUGAGCUUCCAGAGUGGAUAGUAUCUGGUGCUAUAGUUGGAAUGCAGGGUGGCACGGAUGCGGUGCGUCAUAUUUGGGAUGAACUAAAGACUCAUGACGUUCCUGUCUCAGCAUUUUGGUUGCAGGAUUGGGUAGGGCAGAGAGAAACAAUGAUUGGUUCACAACUCUGGUGGAACUGGGAAGUGGAUGCACAAAGAUAUUGGGGGUGGAAUGAACUUAUCAAAGAACUUAGCACUCAGCAUAUUCAAGUUAUGACUUAUUGCAAUCCCUGUCUAGCUCCGGUUGAUGAGAAGCAAAACAAAAGGAGAAACCUGUUUGAGGAGGCAAAACAGUUGGACAUAUUGGUGAAAGACUGUACUGGGAAUCCAUACAUGGUUCCAAAUACGGCUUUUGACGUUGGAAUGCUAGAUUUAACGCACCCAAAGACUGGAACUUGGUUCAAGCAGAUUCUAGGAGAAAUGGCGGAUGAUGGAGUUAGAGGGUGGAUGGCUGAUUUUGGUGAAGGCCUUCCUGUUGACGCUAUUUUAUAUUCAGGUGAAGAUCCUAUUUCAGCUCAUAACAGAUACCCAGAACUAUGGGCCCAAAUUAACAGAGAACUUGUGGAAGAAUGGAAUAGUAAGAACAAGGUGAAGGAAGACCAAGAAGAGGGCUUGGUUUUCUUCAUGAGGGCUGGUUUUAGAGAUAGCCCCAAGUGGGCAAUGCUAUUCUGGGAAGGAGACCAAAUGGUAAGUUGGCAAACAAAUGAUGGAAUAAAGAGUUCUGUAGUUGGCCUACUCAGCAGUGGAAUUUCUGGCUAUUCCUUUAACCACAGUGACAUUGGAGGAUAUUGUACAGUAAACUUACCUCUAGUUAAAUACAGAAGAAGUCAAGAAUUACUUAUGCGAUGGAGUGAGCUAAAUUCUUUCACCACAGUCUUCCGCACCCAUGAAGGAAACAAGCCUUCAUGCAACAGCCAGUUUUACUCAAACCAAGAAACUCUGUCACACUUUGCGCGCUCUGCAAAAAUAUACACAGCAUGGAAAUUUUACCGAAUUCAACUUGUGAAGGAAGCGGCGCAGAAAGGACUACCAGUAUGCCGCCACCUAUUUCUCCACUACCCUAACGAUGAACGCGUGCAUCACUUGAGUUAUGAGCAGUUCUUAGUUGGUUCUGAGUUCCUAGUGGUGCCUGUCCUUGACCAAGGAAAGAAGAAAGUAAAAGCUUAUUUUACAAUGGGAGAGAGUAGCGGUUGGCUACAUAUCUGGACAGGAAAAGUAUUUUCCAAACAAGGAAGUGAAGCAUGGGUAGAAGCUCCAAUAGGAAACCCUGCUGUAUUUGUUAAGGUUGGCUCCCAUGUUGGAGAAACCUUUGUGAAUAACCUAAGAAGUUUAGGCAUUCUUUAAUGAAGCAUUCAUUAUAUUCAACAUAGCAUCUGAUCUAAGUAACUUAACAAUUCAUGCCCCGGAAUCACU